AUGGCUUGCCCUUUGUUGAAUGAUGUAGUCGAUGAGGAAGUUUUAAUACUCAGACGAGCAUUCAGGCAUGAAAGAGUCUUCCGAGAUAGGGCAGACCCAUUGGCCUUUUCAGACGAAUAUCUGACUGAGAGGUACAGAUUCUCAAGUGAUGGCAUCAGAUAUUUGUGUAGGCUGCUGGGUCCAAACAUACAGCACAGGACCGCACGGAGCCAUGCUCUCACUGUCCCACAGAUGGUCUGCAUAGCACUGCGAUUCUUUGCAAGUGGCAUGUUUCUGUAUUCUGUCGGUGAUGCAGAAAACCUCAAUAAAGCCACUAUUUGCCGCACAAUAAGAAAAGUAAGUCUGGCAUUGAAAUCUCUUGUGCACAUAUUUAUCACCUUCCCUGGCCACAGAAGAUUCAUCCACAUCAAGGAGGAGUUCUACAAGAUUGCAGCUUUUCCUAAUGUAAUUGGUACAGUGGAUUGCACCCAUAUUCGUAUCCAACGCCCCUCAGGGGCACAUGAGGGAGAUUAUGUGAACAGGAAAUCCUUCCACAGUGUCAAUGUUCAGAUGAUCUGUGAUGCUGACUGCCUUAUCACAAAUUUAGAGGCAAAGUGGCCUGGCUCAGUCCACGACUCCAGAAUCUUUCGGGCCAGUAGAAUUUACCAGAGACUCUCUCUAGGUAAACCACCCCAUUUUUUUAAGCACCUUGAACAGCAAGAGUACAGUACUUGUAAGAAUUAUGUUUUGUAUUCACAGGCGAGUUCUCUGGUGUGCUGCUGGGGGACAAAGGUUAUGCCUGUGAGACAUGAACCAUGCCCAUGCCAAAACCAGGGCUCGAAUUAAAAUGACCUUCGGCCUCCUGAAAUCCCGAUUUCAGUGCCUGCACCACCUGAGGGUCUUCCCAGACAGAGCAUGCGACGUGACUGUUGCCUGCACAGUGCUGCACAAUAUUGCCAGCCUAAGAAAAGAAAGGGCU